GCAAUCUACGACAGCGCAAUGGUCUUCUGGCUCGAGAAGGGAGUUGACGGCUUCCGCGUCGACACUGUUAACAUGUACAGCAAAGAUCCUGCCUUCCCUGACGCACCAGUCACGGAUCUCAACGCGGAAUGCCAAGAAGCUGGGCUGACGUACUGCAACGGGCCUCGUAUGAACGAAUAUCUGGCCGAGAUGCAUGCCAUUCUCAGCCGGUACGACGCUGUGACGGUCGGCGAAUGUCCUUUUACACCAGACAUUGACACUGUCGUUGGUUAUGUUAGCGCGGCGCAAAAGAGGCUCAAUAUGGUCUUUCAGUUCGACGCUGUUGAUAUCGGUAAAGGCAAAGUCUUCCAGUACCAGACCACACCUUUCAACUACACACUCUCGGACCUCCGGAACGCCAUCUCCCAAACGCAAGGCCUUCUAAGGUACCCUGAUGCCUGGACGACCAGCUUCAUCGAGAACCACGACCAAGCACGCAGCAUCUCCCGCUUUGGCGAUGACAGUCCGCGAUGGCGGGUGCGAAGUGGCAAGAUACUUGCUAUGUUGUUCGCUUGUCUAUCCGGUACCCUCUUCAUAUACCAGGGGCAAGAGAUUGGAAUGAUCAACAUGCCCAAGGACUGGCCUAUUGAGGAAUAUCUGGAUGUCGACUCCAGCAACUAUUACAGAAUGGUAGCUCAGCGGAGCAAGAAUGACCCAGCAGAGCUUGCCAACGCACACGCGGCACUUCAACACUUGUCACGCGACCAUGCGCGUACGCCAAUGCAAUGGAACGCUGCGGUAAACGGCGGCUUCACUUCGCCAGAUACAAAGCCCUGGAUGCGUGUGAAUUCGAGCGCUACCAGUAUCAAUGUCGCAAAGCAGGUCAAGGACAGAGACUCUAUACUCGCCUUCUGGAAACAUAUGCUCCAGAUGCGGAAGACGUACAGUAACCUGCUUGUGCAUGGUGAACUUGAGCUACUCGACCAGGACAACGGGAGCGUCUUCUCGUUUGUCAAGCAAGGGACUCGGGGUCAGCGUGCGCUGGUUACAUGUAACUUCGCCGGCGAACACAGCAAGGCUCCGGGUGUGCUCAAGCACAACCAGCGUAAGCUGUUGCUGAGCAAUGUCGGCUCGAUCGGGGAGAGCUGCGAAGUCCAUCCCGACGUGCUGGAGCCUUGGGAGGGAAGGUUGUAUCUGCUGAAUUGACGGAUUACGGUGCGCUUUAGGAAUGGCAUAUGGUGGAACCGCGUGAUCGUGGAGCGACCCCGAGGUCAGAUAGGAGGCACAUGCAACGAGUCACCGCUCAAGACGUGUUGGUUAAUGUAUUCGGUCCGUGGCGGUCGGCAUAGAGCUGCGAGAUAAGAGUUCGAUUGGCUGUUCCCCGCAGUCUUGGCGUGGAGGCAAGCGGUAAUCAAGCCCGCACUUAGCCUCUACAGGCAAGAUCGUCAACGCCUCAUGC